AUGUCCGAAGUAACUGUCCCGCCCACGCGCCUUCUACCCUUGGGCCCUGAGAAGCUUUCGGAAGCCGAAUGCUGGUGGCGCGAUCAUCAAGAGUGGCUUGCGGAACGAGGCUACCUGCUCCGGCAUCGGUAUCGGCCAGAUUGGAAGCCAUCGUGGCUCGCCAAGAAAGAACCAUUCUUGAUGGAGUACGAGGACUGGUAUCGCCCACAGCAACCUUUCCUGUUGGAUGCUGUUUGCGUCGCGGACGACAGCUUGGUCAUGCUGAAGCAAGUCAAGAAGAGUUUGUACCCCGAGGAGGUUGCUUUGCAUCAAUAUCUUCUCUCAGAACCGCUUCUGUCGGACCCUCGAAAUCAUACUGUGCCGUUGCUCGAGGUUCUGGAUGUGCCAGACAACGAGGACGCUGUUCUUCUAGUUAUGCCAAUGUUUCGUGCAUGUAACAACCCCGCGUGGACUACAGUGGGGGAGGUGGUUGCAUUCCUCGCCCAAAUCUUCGAGGUUACUUCGCUCUCUUUCACACUUGCCAGGGAUUGCCAAGCACCGAACAUAUUAUACGAUCCACGACCAUUAUACCCAAACAUGUUUCAUCCCCGCGUCACAGAUAAGUCCCGCGACUGGAAGGGCACUGCAAAGCAUUCGACACGGACGCUGCAUCCAGUGAAGUACUACUUCAUCGACUUUGGACUGUCACGUCGGUAUGACCCCAAGGAUGGUCCGCCUCGGGAACACCCAAUUCUGGGGGGAGACAAGUCCGUCCCCGAGUUUCAGAACUGGAAUGGCGAGCUCCUAGACCCCUUCCCGACGGACAUAUACUACCUCGGCAACCUCAUCCGCAUAAAAAUCAUGAAGUUUUAUCAUGGUAUCGAGUUCCUCGAGCCUCUCGUCCAGGAUAUGGUCCAGGACGACCCAACCAAGCGACCGACGAUACAGGACGUCAUCCGACAGUUCGACGAGCUGGUGCCAGUGAAGCCGCUCGGGUCUCAGAAGCUGCGCUCCCGACUAAUCUAUCGCAAGGAAGGUGCCGGCGAUGCCCUUGUGCAGCGCAUUGCGCAUGCUUUCCGGACCGCUCGCUACAUACUUACUCGGAAACCUGCUAUACCUCGACCCCUCUGA